AUGACCGACUUUUUGAGAAAUUUGCCUAAGCCAAAGAGAAGGCCCUAUGAGUACGCCGAUGGGGAAGAAGACGGAAGUAGGGACAGUGAAACUAGGAACGACCGAAGUAGCAACGAUGGAAGUAGGCAUGAGGGGAAGAAGAGCCACGGAAACAGAACUGAUGGGAAGAACCAAUGCUACGAGUAUCUAAAGAGGAAGUACCUGAGAAUCACCUGCAACGACGACUUCCAGGGAGGAGGAGCCUACCCGGAAAUCCACGUGAACCAGUACCCAAACAAUCUGGGCCUUCCAGAAGGUGCCGGAGGGGGAAAAGGUGCCCAAAGGAACAUAGUGCUAAAAUACCUAGACGAAGAUAACAACGUAAAAUACGACAACCUCAUAAGCGAGGAUAUACACAUAUAUAACAAAGAAAUAGAAGAAAUCGAACCAAAUGAAAAUAUCCAAAAGAUAAGAAAAAAAAAAAUUCUGUCAGAUCCAAAAGAUAAAGAAGAAAAAUUCAAUGAACUAGCCAUUUCCAAACCAAAUGAAGAAGAAGAAAAAGAAAUUAUAAAUAACACGAGAAAAAGUAUUGAACAAAUGUUACAUGAAAAGUUAAAUAAAAGUAUAGCAAAUAAAAAAGAAGAUAAAUUCUUCAGAUAUAUUCCGCAAAAUAAGCUAAAUGCAAAUUUAGAAGAAAGAAUUAUCAAGGUGGUUCAUAAAACUGUGGACCCCUUAGACGUAUCUAAAUUUAAACAUAAGAAAUUGCCGAAUGUGAAAAACUCUCCAGACUAUCCUUUGUUAAGGUCACCUACGAGAAAAAUAAACAAAGAAGAGGAAGAUAAUUGGAAAAUCCCUCCCUGUGUGUCCAACUGGAAAAAUAAUAAAGGAUACAAUAUUCCCCUGGAUAAACGUAUCCAGAGUGAUAAUAAGAAACUAAACCAAGUAGAGGUUAAUGAAAACUUUGCACACCUAAGUGAGUACCUCUAUGUGGCGGAGAAAAAAGCUAGAGAAGAAAUAAAAAUGAGGAAUAGUAUUAUUAAGCAGAAAAAAUUAAAAGAAAAAGAGGAAAAAGAAAACGUUUUACGAAAUCUAGCCAUACAAGCAAGAAAAGAAAAAGGACUUGCACAAACACAGAGCAGCUCCAUUAUCAACGAAAGAAAAAGAGAAAUAGAAAGAGAUUACCGAAUCGAAAAGAAUUUAAAAAAAAUGAAAAAUUAUGAAAAUAGACUCAUUGAAGAACAACUUGCUCUCAACAAAGUCAAUGUCAGUAAAAACAACAACAUACACGAUGUUAGCCUUUUCAAUAUAAACAACCAGAAUGAUGAUGGAAAGAAUCAACUCUCGGCCAACGAUGAUGAACUGUACCAGAUUUACGAUACCUCUCUGUUCAACGCAAAACAGAGUAAUAAUAUUUACAAAUUCUCCAACGAACGGGUGAAGAAGACUUUGCAAAAGAUGGAGACCACGCAGAGUUCCUCCGAGCCGGUCAAAUUUAUCAAGGACAUCUCCGACCCCUUCGGCUUGGACAGCCUGCUCUCCCAGGCCAAGAAGAAGUAG